GGAACCCUGGGCCCUGUGGCCCCCGCUGCCAGCGUCGUGAUCCGGGGAGGUGGUGCGGAGGGCUCGGGGACUCGGGAGGCAGCCGACCUGUCGGCCGAGGAAGUGACGACUGAGCAGGGCGCCGUGGCACUGGAGGCGGGGGAGAAGCUGGAGUCCCAUGCAGGCCUGGGGCCUCUGAAUCUAGGGGCGCUCAUUGUGGCCCCGCUGGAGGCCAUCCAGUGGGAGCUGGAGGCCGUGAGUGCCCAGGCGGACAGGGCCUACCAACGGCUCGAGCACAGGUUUGGGAGGGUGGUGCGCCGGUUGCACCUAGUCUGCAGGAGAUUCAUCAUCCAGAACAUUACGGGCUUUUGGGUCACUGCCUUCCUGAACCACCCACAGCUGUCAGCCCCCAUCAGCCCCCGGGAUGAAGACAUCCUUGGCUACCUGAUGAAUUUGCAGGUGAGGGAGCUUAGGCACACCAGAACAGGUUGCAAGUUCAAGUUCUGGUUUUGGAGCAACCCUUACUUCCGAAACAAGGUGAUAGUGAAGGAGUAUGAGUGUAGAUCCUCCGGCCGAGUGGUGGCCAUCGCCACUCCCAUCCGCUAGCACUGAGGACAGGAACCCCCUGCCCUAGUGCACAGGAAUCGGGACACCAUGCAAAGCUUCUUCAGUUGGUUUUCACAACACAGCCUCCCAGAGGUUGACAGGGUUGCCAAGAUCAUUAAAGAUGACCUGUGGUCCAACCCUUUGCAGCACUACUUGCUGGGGGAAAGGCCCUGCAGAGGUAGACCAGGCCUAGCAAGGUGGCCACCAGAGGGCCCUCCCAGGCCCUAUGGGUUCCAAUCUGGCUAAGUCCUGUUCAGGUACAUGGCACAUUCAUAGGACUCCUGCCUCCUGUGGACCUGUGUGUAGGCUAGCAGUGGGUGCUCUGCAGUCUACUUUCUUCUCUGUGCAUUAUGGCUCUUCAGCAUGUUUAGUGGACCCAGGACCAAACUGCGACCCUCAUGCUCUUGUGUGUCAACAUCAUGUGACUGUCACGUCAUUUCAUUUACAGUAGACACCCAGUGCUUGUGGACUUGCACUGCCAUCAUCUAUCUGCAUGGCCUGGCCCUACCUUAAAAUGUGGCCUUUCUACUCACUUGACACCACCACUCACAAGGCCUCACAAAGACCAUUGAGGCCUACUGCUUCAAAGCUACAGUAUGCUGGGCUUCACAAUUGUGCUGGCUAUGGCAAGCUGAGUCUCAUCACCCAAGAUGAAGUGGAUGCAUUUGAUGCUGGCUGCCAACUAACCUUAGACAUCCCAUAGCCCCAGGACUGUAAAGCAGCUCCUACCAAGUAGGCUGUUGGGCAUCUGCAACCUGGGCAGCCAGAUGAUUGGGCAUGGUGAGACCCUGGGCUUGGUGAGGCUCUGGGCAUGCGGCAGUGUACAGUACAUUGCUCAUGAUCACACUGCUCUUCCGGCUCCAUGUGUAAGCUUGGUAGAAAGCUUAUGCACAGCCUGGUGUAAGCUUGUGGAAACCCAUGCUGUGCCCACUCUUAUCUGGUCAUUGCCUGAUAGAGGAGUUUUACCCAUGUCACCACUGGCCCUGCUACCAGGCCUAUAAGGGACCUCAAGAACUGCAUGUGGACCCAUGCUGACCACACCCGCCAAUGCAGUGACAGCUCCUAAUCCCCCAGAAGCUACCAGGCUAGCAUAUCUGGUCAUGUUCUCAAGACAGGGGCAAGAAUGGGAUCCCUUGCAGGACCCCUGUUCGUUGGUCCACACAGAAGCCAGGUCCUUUGCCAGCUUCCCCUGUACCUACCGUUUUUAGGCUGCCAUGUUGUGGGUGCUGAAGAGGGGGCUUCUGGCCUUGGGGAUGUUUACACUGGCACCAAUCUCACCCCAUUUUUCAAGUGACAUCUCUGAAAGGAACAACUGAAGAAGCAAGGUUUUUGCAAAUAGCUAGGGAGAUACUUUCUUGAAUUCUCCUGUCUUCCAGAGAGGGAGAGUUUGUCCUAUACACUGCUGGUGCUCUCUGCCCCCUUGACCUACUGGCUCUAGCAAGGCCUAGAAUCUUCAAAGGGUACAGUGUAGGGCCAAUAGCAAUCAAGAGGUCUCUGGGUGCAGAGAGAAUUAAUCACUUCAUUUUACUUUACGUCAUUACUUCAUGUUCUUUAGAGGAACUUUAGCCUCCACUCUUCUCUGCCUCUGGCCCCUUUGUGGGUUCCUGUAGAUAAAAGGGCUGAGCUGCCCAGCCCCUCCAAGCCCUCCUGGUAUGCAGAGCUGUCUCCAGCUCAUGAAAGGCCUUGUCUUCUGUUUCCUAGAAUCUAGGGACAUAAAAUAAUGUGGGAGAGUCCUUGAUCUUUAACUUUUUUUUUUCAUGAAUAUGUUUUGUAAACUGGAAGAAAAACAAUACUACAACUUCUCUUCUGGUCCAGGUAUAAUCUUGUAGGGGCAGAAAGUUAAUGUCUUGUGUGUUCUGUUUUGCUACUUUUGAGUAAGAACCUGUGUACCCCUUCUCUGCUCUUACUGGAAAACAGCUAGCUGUACAGGCCUGCUUGUUUUUAAUUGAGAACAUUUAUAAGACCACCAGUGUAACUGCCCUAUGCCAUUUGGAAACUUGUGACUUUAUGAUUGUUAUCAAGUUGUGGCCUGAUGCUGUAACUUUAUCUUACAAAUAAGAGUUGGAAUCAGAUGGUUUUUCAGGACUUAUCACUGGCCAUUGUUACCAUGUUCUGUGAGAAUAACCUCUAAAAGGAAGCCUGUCGGAUGGUUUUGAUGCUUCUGGGCUCCACUGGCCAUGUUGCAAUUGACAACUCUGUUUCUAAACAGAGAAAUAUUCUCAGAUGGCUUUGCUCAGUCAGAAGAUGAUUUGUGGGACUUUUUGUCUUAUAUAUGUUUGAUAAAGAAUAAAAACCUUUU